GCUGUGACAGAGGACUGCCACCGCAAUAUAUAGGGCUGUCAUGAUUCAGCUCCAGCCCAUGUAGCAACAGAUCUGUGGCUCGCAUUUUUCGCAGCUCCUCAAGAGGUGUCAUUUUCUGCCAGUCUACCUUCCAGCUGCCUCCGUUGUGAAUAUUUCGGGACUAUGGCCGGGAGAGCUGCCGCUGCCCUGCUUAUCACAGCAUCCGUCUUACAAAUAGCCCUGGGCCAAAACAUGACGGACACAAAAAUAGGGCUCCAUUGCUACAAAUGCGACUUCGAUCGACCCUGCUCAAUGGUGAGGGUGACCUGCAACGAAGGAGAGAGCUGCAGCACCAUCAGAGGGCAUUCAGAUUAUAAAGUCCACGAAUCCAUCUACGGGAAGGGCUGCGUCUCCGCGAGGAAGUGCAGCGGCUUGGACAGAAUCAGCUACUCCAACAACCCUUUCCGCGUCACCUACUCCUGCUGCAACACCGACUACUGCAAUGGCGACUUCUCUGGUGACUUCUCUGGGGCACCCCGCCUCCCCUUGGUCUGCGUGGCCACUGUCCUGACCAUGCUGCUUGCCUACCUCUUGUGAGACCCAGAACCUGCCUGCCCUGUAAGGAAACUGACCUGCUCCCCGCAGUGACCGGCUCCUCUUGCUCAUGUCUCCUUCCGUCUCCAAAACAGCCAAGGACCUCUUUGUUGUAAUGGACGCGGUGCUGUCAUUUCGUAUCUACAAUACCGCUCCCGGUUAAAUAUUUCUAGCUUCUGGCCUACAAAUUAGCCCACUAAACUGUCACAAACCAGCUCGUUUAUUAUCUCCAUACCAGAAUUGAUCUGUCAAGUUUCCUACAGAUGCAGGAAACAGCUACUCGUUUGCCUCACUUCUCUCUCCAGUGAUUGGCCGUGGCUCCACAGGGCUUCUGACAGCCGGUCCCUAUCCUAUUUAUUUUAUUUAUUGACAGAGAUCAAAACCGCUUCACGACCAAAAGUAAUUGAUAUCCGGAACACCUGCAGGUGUUUUCCUGCUGAGUUAUGGCCGCUCCCCUUAACAUUGACAUGACAGUGAGUUGGUUUGGUGCUGCCCCCUGGUGUGCGGUUCCUGAAGUGCUGCAAAUCACGCAAGUGUCCGUCCGUCCUUUUGUGCGAGCUGCAUUCGCCCAAACAAAAGAUUUGGGGAGAACUUCUUAGAACCUCACAAGGUGAUCAGAUUUCAUGAGAUAGCACAGUAGUUAAGGCUGCAAUCCCAGGCCUGCUUUCUUGAAAGCAAACCCCAUUCAAUUCAUAGGGACUUUCUUUCAAGUAAACAUGCGUAGGAUCAGGCUGAAAGAGCAUGAGCCACAGGCCGCAAAACUUUUUCUGGUUCAAAUGUGGCCUCAGCUAAGAACACAGAAUGUGGAACUCGGAAUAAUCAGGUCCCUAUUCUCUAGCACUCUCUGACUGGCACCAUCUCUAGGGGCCCCCACAAUUUUUUUUGCUGGGGGUGCCAGCUCCCCCCCCCCGCCAUCACGACUCCUGCCCGCUGCCUCUGUGGCUGCCUCUGCAUACCACCUGUCGUAAGGCGGUAGGUGGUUGUGCCGGGUGGAGGCCGGGUCCCCGGUCCAGUCACUGCCACAGCAACAGAACAUGUGCAUUGUGCUAUCAUGACAGCAUGGCAUCAUGACAGCCCAGUGCUCGUGUUUCGGCGUCACGCCACAAUGUCAUUAUGGCACUGUGGAGCGCAUGCCGACAUUGGGCAGCCACAAUGUGGGGCCCAAUGUCAGUGCCCCUGCUGAUUGGCAACAUGGAAAUGGUAAUAAUACUGACCUGCUUCACAGGGGAUGCUGCUCUUUGAACCUCUGGAAAUGGGAGGUUUAAAGAGCAGUCAGGGCUGUUUGCAAAAGGGCUUUCAAACAGCCUCACGCCGAGCUUUGACUGUUUGUGCCUGUUCCCAGCAGAAGAACAGGAAUGUCUAGACACCAAACCUAACCCCCAGUGGUUGGUCGAUGAGCAGGGACUAAAUCCUGCUCAGUUUGACUGCACCUACAAGUGCUCAGCUGUGAAACCGGUCCGUGCAGUCAACGCAGGAUCAAACCCUGUCCCAUCAGCUGGCAUCACCCCCUCAUUGGACGGGAAAGGUAGGCAUGGUUUAUUUAAAAUAGCCUCAUGGGCCAAAUCCCUCACCCUAACAGGCCAGGACUGGCACAUGAACUGGAGGUUACCCACCCCUGGUUUAAACACAGACUACUUCAUAGGGUUAGCUUAUAUCGCAGGCUCUCACCAGCACAACCGUGAAAGGGAGAUGUUUUUCCUUCCAAGAUUGCAAUCCUGCACAAGCUCUUAGACAUGUCCAGAGCUUUAAAGAAAGAAAAA